AUGAUAAAAUUAUUCUCAUUUAUAGGAUUCCUUUUCACAGUGCUAACUAAAUUAAUAGUGUAUGAAUAAAAAUUUAAUCAUGCUUUGAAUGAUUGGGUUAAUAAUAAUAAUAAUGAGAAUCUUAACUAUUAAAUUGAUGCUUCAAAUAAUAUUUAAGAAACUCCUAAAUUAAAUGAAAACACAAUAAUAUAAAGAUUUUUUAAGUUUCCACCACACAAUUAGCUUUUUAUAGACAUAAAUAUUAUUCUAAAUAGAGCUUUAGAUUUAGUUGUGUAGAUAGGCAAUAAGAAAUAUUUAUCAUUUGCUUAAUACGACGCAUCUAAUCCGACGGCAACUUGUAAGUUUACCUUUGUUCAUUUAUAUGAAAUUGAUGUAAUCACAAUAUCAGCACAAAAAAAUCCAUCGCAAUUAAUUUCUUUCGACUGGGCAUUAAAAUAAAUAUCAAUAUAUAUCGAAGAAUGUCCAGCAACUUGCAGUUACUGUCCAGAUCUUUAUGGAGUUGAUGCUUGUUCUCAAUUUUCAGCACUUUUUCCAUUUUAAGGAUUGUAUUCUAAAGAAGCUGAUAAUUGGAUAAUCACACCAAAUAUUUAAAAUUCUUCUACUAACUAACCCAUCUCUUCACGUAUCAAAAUUUAUUAUAAUAGAAAAUGUGAUUUUUUACCAACUUGUCUCUAAUACUUAUUCUUUAAAGCUUGA